AUGAUAGGAAAAUAUUAUUUGGUGGAUUCCGGAUACCCGAAUACUGUUGGGUACAUGUGUCCGAUUCGCUUGAUUAGAUACCACAUACCGGAAUAUAAGAAGAGUCCACCUAAAGGGAUGCUAGAAAAUUUCAACUAUCAAUAUUCAUCACUGAGAAUGUCCAUUAAAUGCGCAUUUGGUCACUUAAAGAAAAGGUGGAAAGUGCUUCAUAAUAUGCCACAAAUGUCAGAAAAGUAUCAGAUGUCUAUUAUUGUUGCCACUUGCACACUUCAUAAUUUCAUAAAAAUGCACAAGCUUGGAAUACCAAUUGUGCAACAUGAAGCAAGUGUUUGUGGAAGUGUUGAUGUAGGGAUGUUUGAUGACCAUCAAAAAGCUCCCAUGUUUGAAAGACGAAAAGCCUUAGCAAGGCUUAUUUGGAAAGAUGUUAAACUGAAUGAUGCACAUGAAGCUGAUGGUGAAGAUAAUAAUGAAGAUGAGGUGGAAGAAAAUGACGAGGUUGCAGAUCAUAUGGAAGAAGAUUAUUAG